AACACUUCCGGCAAGAUGGCUGCGUCCACGGAGAUAACACAUGGGAGCUCUGAGGAGAAAUUUAAUGCUGCUGAAAAUGAGGACAGCUAUGGUUCCAGUGAAGGAGAAGCAGAUGGAGGCAGUCUCAGUGGUGAAGGCUCUGUGGGAGGUGAAAGCGAAGAUGAGGUGGAAGAGUCUGGAAACCCCAAUGCUGGCUGGGCCGAGGCCAUGGCCAAAGUCUUGCACAAGACAACGCCGGAGAACAAACCAACAAUACUCACCAAGAAUAAAAAGUUAGAAAAAAUGAAAGAGAAGGAAAAACAGGAGAAGUUAGAACGGAAAAAAGAGCUUGAUAAGAAAAAGGCUUGGGAGAUGAUGUGCAGGGUGAAACCAGAUGUUGUUAGAGACAGAGAGACGGAGAGGAACCUUCAGAGAAUUGCCACAAGGGGAGUAGUCCAGCUGUUCAACGCUGUUCGGAAGCACCAGAAGAAUAUGGAUGAGAAAGUGAAGGAGGCUGGGGGUUCAGAGAGGAAGCGGGCAAAGCUGUUGUCUUCAGUUUCUAAGAAAGACUUCAUUAACGUUCUUCGAGGGACUGAAACAGGGACAUCACAAACAGUCUCAAAAUUAGAGAAGAGCAAAAAGAGUGGCAUAAAAACAGAAGACAAGCCAUCUUGGAGUAUAUUGCGUGACGAUUUCAUGAUGGGUGCAGCCAUGAAGGACUGGGAUAAAGAGAGUGAGGAAGAGAACUGAAGGCUUGAAAGGAUCAUCAUGACAGUGACUCGAACUGCUUUUACAUUUUUUGCCUACGAAAUUGUCAAGAAGCACGGUUUUCCUUCUUUUGUGUAUAUGCCACAUUCUUGGAAUAUUUUGAAGGUUUCAUUUCAUAUGGACUUCACAAUGAUUUAAGACUAAGACCUCUAACUUGGCACAUACAAACUCUUCUGGUUAGGUUUACCAGGUUCUGCCAAGUCAAAAUUCUAGAGAGAAACUCUCUUUCUCUCCAUUUGUUUUCUUUCUAGAGAACCUUUACGUGGAUUGUCCACAUGGGAAUUUGUUAAUGCUCAUGAGAUAGUGUAAGAUAGUGAUUUUCUUUCUCUAAAUGACAGCAAGAUUCCAGCUCACUGUUUACUGGUAUAUAAGUUACUUGACAAUAAUAUGCAACAGUUUUAUUUUGUGUUUAAUGUUUUUGUCUUACGGUACCUAUUUUAGAACCAUGUAACUUAGUCAUUUUGAUUUUGGCUGCUGUAGAUGUAAUUAACAUUUUUGCCCAGGAUUUUUUCACUAUUAUUUUUACAGCUCAAAGUUGUAAUACAUUUACCAUUAAACAGUGAUAAUGGCAUUUCCAGAUUUUUCUACUUCUUACUUGCUGAUCUACUUUUUAGUAGCUGUUACAGUGUCAUCCACUAGCAUAUCUGCCUGUUAUGUGACUCCUGUGUAACUUAACUUACCCCUGCAAUCUUGCUGUUUCGAGCUGAGUAAAACAGUUUUGCUGAACAUAACUCAAUUUCAAAUCACAGUCUGGAAAGUUUAAUGAAACAAUGCAGAUUAACAAUAUACAAGGUAUCUUUUUUUUUCUUACUCAGCUUCAAGGAAACUUUAGUUUUUCCAGAAUGAGCUAUCUGAGUUACAUUCUGAGUUGCAUGGCAUGAUGUGCAGUCUUAGUUACCUGCUGAUGAGGACUAUCAUUUAUAUGCAGGCUCUAAAAGAAACGGCUAUGAUUUAAAAAACAAAAAGAUUGUCCCUGCAGGCAUUGUACUUUUUCCAGCUUAACUGUAACUUGAAAUAGUAAUGCUUUUAAUUUUUUUUUAUAAGGCAAUGAAUUGGUAGUUAAACCAAUUAAUUCACCAAAUGUGAGUCUUAAUUAAGCUAUGCUGACCAGUUGAUUUUUUCAGGACUUUGUUUUAUGUAAUAAAAAAGAGUAAUAUCCCUUCAAAUAAAAUACCUGUAGUUACUAUACAGGGUGAAUUAAUUGUG